CGCUGCUGGAAGCUUGAGGGGCGGAUGCAUGCAAGUGGAGGCAUGCAUCCGCGCAUCAUGGGCACUCACGAGUCACGACUGUGCUGCACGGCCGGGUGUCGUGCGCCACCCUUCUUCCUCCGCGAUGCGCGCGCCAUCUCUGCAUGCCAUCAUCGCUUUUGACAAGUCAGAUCUGAACAUCAUAACUCCCUUUGCGCUCUUCCUCAUCCUGCUCCCACCUCCAACCUCGACACCCAACUUGAAAGCUUCGUACGUGUCUCCAUCCACGCAUCCUCUUACAGCGCACGAUGUCUUCCACCGCAGGCAAGCCCAUACAUUGCAAAGCCGCUGUGGCUUGGGCAGCUGCCAAACCGCUCAGCAUCGAAGAUGUCGAAGUGGCACCUCCCAAAAAGGGAGAGGUGCGCGUUAAGGUGACCUACACUGGUCUCUGUCACACCGACGCGUACUCACUUUCUGGCAGCGACCCAGAGGGUGCUUUCCCAGUAAUUCUCGGGCACGAGGGUGCUGGGUUUGUCGAGAGCGUCGGUGAAGGCGUGACGGAGUUCAAGGAAGGAGAUUCGGUCAUCCUCCUUUACACAGCCGAGUGCAAGCAGUGCAAGUUCUGCAAGAGCGGCAAGACGAACUUGUGCCAAGCUGUCAGAGCCACGCAAGGUCAAGGAGUGAUGCCGGACAAGACGGUGCGCUUCAAGGUCAAGGGCCAAGAAAUCAAGCACUUUAUGGGCACAAGCAGCUUCAGUCAAUACACGGUAGUGUCGGAGCAUUCUUUGGUGUCCGUCGACAAGAAGGCGAACCAGCAAAAGACGUGCCUGCUUGGUUGCGGCGUGACCACCGGAUUUGGUGCUGUGACCAACACUGCCAAGGUGGAAGAGGGAGCCACCGUGGCCGUCUUUGGUAUCGGAUGCGUGGGCUUGGCUGUCAUUGAGGGUGCCAAGGCCCGGAAAGCGUCCAAGAUCAUCGCUGUGGAUAUCAACGACGGCAAAGAGUCUUGGGCGAAAAAGUUUGGAGCGACCGACUUUGUCAACUCCAACAAAUUGGGAGAUCAGAGUGUAGUAGAGAAGCUGGUGGAGCUGACAGACGGCGGAUUGGACUACACCUUUGACUGCACUGGCAACGUCAAGGUCAUGCGCGCUGCGCUCGAAGCUUGCCACAAGGGUUGGGGCGUCAGUACCGUCAUUGGUGUGGCAGCAGCGGGCCAAGAGAUCUCUACGAGGCCCUUCCAGCUUGUCACUGGUCGCAAGUGGCAAGGGUCGGCAUUUGGUGGCGUCAAGGGCAAGACUGAGCUUCCAGCAAUGGUCGACGCAUACACUGAUGGCAAGUCGCCCAUCAAGCUGGACGACUAUGUCACUCACGAGACUACUCUGUCCGAGCUACAAAAGGGCUUUGACUACAUGAAGGCCGGAGACUGCAUUCGAUGCGUCGCCGACAUGUCCAAGUGAGCGUGCAGCAAAGGUAUGAGCUGACACGCCCUGCUGCGGGCCCCACGCUCCAUUGUCCCGUAAGGCGAC